UAAAAAUGCCAGAAAAGUGCCUCAAAAACGCCUCUGAGAAGCGUUUUUGGUGCAGUUUUUGUCAUGUGUCCUUUAAAAAACACUCAGAAAGUGCAGCAAAAGUGCAGUAAAAAACGCCUAUGCGUUGUUGCAGUGGAUCAUUGUGGAUCAGUGUGAAACAGAGGUGGACGACCAUUUGGAAACUCGGGCACUGCCCAAGGGCCCGGGAUGCCCCUGGUACCUUUUUCAUAGGCUUUUUUGAGUUUGAGCAAGGACACAGGGGCCCCAUGAUCCCCUAUUGCCCGGGG